GUUUUGUAGCUCGCCUCCUUCUUGUCCCACUCACACACACUGUCAGAGCGCGGAGUUGACAACCUCUGGCCACUGUAGCUGUUGCGAGGCAGCCUGCUCUUUCCUCAGCUGAAGCUCUCAUUGACUCGGGUCUGUGUCCUAAUGCAAGGCUGCUGAAGAAGCUCUGAGAAUCAGGUUUUUACUUCUCUCUUUGCUCCUGACUAACUCAGAGCCGACUCAUCAACGCGUCAUUACAGCAAAGCGCCUAAAGACAAUACGGAUAAAAAAUAAGUGAACGUUUAAUUUCAAGACUUGUCACUGUCUACUAAUACUCUUCACAAUGUCUGGCGAUGAUGCACCUGCUCAGCAGCAAAACGCUGAGGAAACAAAGCAAGAGAAUAAACCCAGCGAGGAGCCGAAAGCUGAGUCCAAGCCGGAGUCACCACCAGCCAGUGCCACCGAGGCGGCAGCCACACCGGCGGCGACCGAGAAGGUCCCCGAGGAAGAGCAGUUCACCUACCGCUCCCUGGUACUUUCCGGCUACGGGGGCUAUGAUAAGGUAAAACUGCAGGUGAAGAAGGGGAAGCCGGCACUCAAGGCCGGAGAAGUCAUGGUGCGGGUCAAGGCAUGUGGGCUGAACUUUGCCGACCUGCUGGCCCGGCAGGGUCUGUACGACCGGCUGCCGUCCCCGCCUGUCACGCCGGGGAUGGAGUGCUCCGGGGAGAUCGAGGCUGUGGGAGAAGAGGUGACGGAUAGAAAAGUGGGUGACAAGGUGCUGGUACUGAACCGCUGUGGGCUGUGGCAGGAGGUGGCCGUGGUGCCCGCUACCCACACGUUCCUCAUCCCAGAGGGCAUGACCUUUGAGGAGGCAGCCGCCCUCCCCGUCAACUACAUCACCGCCUACAUGAUGCUGUUUGACUUUGGCAACCUGAGGCCCAACCAAAGCAUCCUCAUUCACUCUGCUGCAGGUGGUGUGGGCAUCGCGGCCACCCAGCUGUGUCAGACAGUGAAGGAUGUGACCGUGUUCGGGACGGCGUCGGCCAGUAAGCACGAGACUAUCAGCCAGGGUGGAGUCACGCACUGCAUUGACUACCGUACACGGGACUACGUGGAGGAGGUCCGCAAGAUCAGCCCCAAAGGGUUGGAUAUUGUGUUGGAUCCUCUGGGAGGCUCAGACACCCACAAGGCCUACAACCUGCUGAAGCCCAUGGGCAAGCUCAUCACCUACGGUGCGGCUAACAUGCUAGCUGGUCAGAAGAAGAACCUUCUGGCGGUGGCUAAGACCUGGUACCACCAGUUCUCCAUCCACACACUCAGCCUGAUCCAGAACAACAAGUCAGUGUGUGGCUUCCACCUGGGCUACCUGGAUGGAGAGGUGGAGGUCAUCCAGCAGGCCAUGACCACCAUCCUGGACCUCUACAGGCAGGGCAAGAUCAAACCACGCAUCGACUCCACCUAUCACCUCGAACAGGUGGGCGAUGCCAUGCGGAGAAUGCAGGAGAGAAACAACAUCGGCAAGGUGAUCCUCAUCACUGAGCCUAUGCCAGAGGAGGAGAAGAAGGAGGAUCCUAAGAAAGAGGAGAAGAAGGAGGACAAGAAAAAGGAGGACAAGAAGAAAGAGGAGAAGAAGAAGGAUGACUCCAAGAAGGAGGACAAGAAAGAAGAGAAGAAGAAAGAAGAGCUGAAGAAGGAGGAGGAGAAAAACGAGGAGAAGAAGGAGGAGAAGAAGGAG